UGCGCAACCUCUUUGGUUAUACACCUCGGGUUCACCACGGCACACGUUGUAUACACGCGAGCCAUUUAAGGAGUAAUAAACAAUUCUCUUCCAAGAGAAGACUACAACAGGCAAAACCUACCCAGUUAUCAAAAUCUGUGUUUUUCAAAAUCAUGUCGGCCUCGGCGGCGAAAGUGAGUAGAAAGGAGAACUCAAAUCAUGACGGAGCGGACGAGACCUCCGAAAAGGAGCAGCAAGAGGCUAUUGAACACAUUGAUGAAGUACAGAAUGAAAUUGACAGAUUGAACGAACAGGCCAGUGAGGAAAUUUUAAAAGUAGAGCAGAAGUACAAUAAAUUACGCCAGCCAUUCUUUCAGAAGCGGUCCGAACUCAUAGCAAAAAUACCAAACUUCUGGGUCACAACAUUUGUCAACCAUCCACAAGUUUCAGCUCUUCUUGGUGAGGAAGAUGAGGAGGCACUUCAUUACCUUUCCAGAGUGGAGGUUACCGAGUUUGAGGACAUCAAGUCAGGCUAUAGAAUAGAUUUUUACUUUGACGAGAACCCAUAUUUUGAGAACAAAGUUCUUUCAAAAGAGUUUCACUUGAAUGAGAGUGGGGACCCAUCUUCAAAGUCAACUGAAAUUAAAUGGAAAGCUGGAAAGGACCUGACAAAGCGUACAGCCCAAACGCAGAAUAAGGCUGGGAAAAAGAGGCAACAUGAAGAACCAGAGAGCUUCUUCACCUGGUUUACGGAUCACUCCGAUGCGGGAGCAGAUGAGCUUGGAGAAGUGAUCAAGGACGAUAUCUGGCCCAACCCAUUACAGUACUACUUGGUCCCUGACAUGGAAGAUGAUGGAGAGGGUGAGGAUGAUGAUGACGAUGAAGAGGGCUUGGAGGAUAUUGAUGAGGAGGGAGAUGAGGAUGACGGUGAGGAAGAUGAAGAUGGUGAUGGUGAAGAUGGCGAGGAUGAUGGCGAGGAUGAUUAAAUAAAAGCAAGGACAUACUCCAACCAAUACUUUUUCCGGUUUUUACCCUAUAAUCAUCCUCACCCUUGGGAGCAAGAUUUUUUUUAUUUUUUCUAUUUUGUGCCGUCUUCUCUUCUCCUGAAGCCUUUGCCUGUUUGUACCAUGUCUCAAAAUGAGUUAAUUUUCUGGACAUGCCAUCUGGACAAGUAGUUGCCAUCUAGAAAGUCUCACCUGUCAUUGAGUUACCACACAUCUCCAAAGACCAAUACAAGAAACGAUAUUCAUAAUCUGCACGUCAUUUUAUGUAGACAAAAAGAACUUAGUGAUUUACAUGUAAGAUAUAUAAAUAAGGUUUCUGUUCAAGUUGUGAGUUGAAUAAAAGAAUAAGCCAUGGUGCAGUGACAACUUAAUCAUAGCAUCCCUAGCGCCCUUUUUAUAUAGACCAUUCACAAAAAGUGGGAGGAAGGGACUUUCAAGGGCCUAAUAGAAUUCACACUGGUUUUUGUUUGACUCUUCAUACUAAUGGAACUGAUUGAAAGUGCCGGCUUGUUUCAGUCAACUAUUGUAAUUGUUUUGAGGUCAGACUGAUACUGUUGGUGGACAAUGAAAUGGUUUGUGGUGGGGAAAGUGGGCAUUCAACACAUCAGCAUUUGGGUUUGUUGAUUUGAAUUUUCAUUGUAUUGUUUUACCCAUGAGGUUUGAAAUAUACAUUUUUAAUAAAAACAAAACACAAAAAAUUCCUUGUAAUUUUAAGCUCUGCAAAUAAACUGAAUAUGAUGAGAGAAAACAAAGACCAAGUAGACUCUAAUACGGAAGCUACAUUGGUGUAUUUCUCCACCUUUUCCACUGGAUAACUGUUCACGUUAACAUUUAAGUGUACCAGUUGCUUUGUUACAAUAAAUAAAUGUAUACACUUAUGUUUGAAGUA